AUGGGCGACGAGCCUGCGGCGGCACAUAUAGGAGGACAGGAAUUGGGUGGUAGGCGAGCGAUGAUGCUCAUUGCUGUUGAGUAUCGGGGAAGGGUCAUGGGGGGAAAUGGAUGCCACGGGUUGAUUCCUCGUCAUCGAAAGUGGUGGUGUAGGCUUGGAGAUGGUCGUACAGUGAGCGGAGGGGUGGUGAACGGGGUUGGCAGCGGCGAGAUCGUCAGCGAUGAUGGUGCAUUACUUGUGGGGGCGCCCACCAUGUGCGUUGGCGGAAUAUGGUGUACUGGUGAGGGUAGCAUGUACUGGCGGGAAGUCGUGAUGAAGAUUGCUCUGAUGCUCUGGAGGAUGACUGACAUCGCCGCUACUGGGUCAAUAUUGCCUGAAACCUUGCAUGGGAUCGCGAGAGUGAUAGAUGUUGGAAGCGUGGAGAAUGUGUGGUGGAUUAGGAUUAUUCAGUCAAUAGAGCAAGGUAGCUGUUGGAGUGCACGAAUCGAGGAGGGUAGCGGUGAUAAUGUUCACUUGCAUGUCCUCUGUCGCCCCGAUCCUUUUAAGCUUCCUGUGGCUCCAAGAGCCCAGGAUAGUGUCGAUAUCUCUCCCAUCCCAGGCCAUCCACCGCGCAAGCCCUCCAACGAAGCUGCACAUCCUGCAAGCGAUGCCGAGCACCCCAAGGACCAAGAAGCGGACAUGGCCAUAGGCAAUGGUAGCAGCCCAUCGGGGACGACGACGACGGUGACAACGAUCUAUGCAGGGAAGAGAGAACAUGCUUGGGCAGAUGUGCGGGAGGGUGUGGCGAAGAUCGGGAUCCCGAUGACCAACGACCACCCCAACUGUGACAUUUUUUUUGGGUGCGGACUCACCGUCAACACGCAUGAUGGGCGCCCUCAAAAUGAUAGCCCCAUCGCCACAGACACCCCCGCCGCUGCUGACCUCAUUCAAAACCAACAUGGAGGUCUACCGCCCGCUCCAAGCCCUCUGUAG